UUGUCAAUCGUAGUACCCAUCCAAGCCAGUCUAGACUGAUAUAUUUCGGCUCUUCUUUUUCCCUCGUAUUCGAAACAUUUCUAUAAACAAUUCUAGAAUACCUAUUUAAGAAGUAAUGACAUCCCACGCUUGUACUCAGUAAGUUUGUCGUCCCUGCUACUCACAGGAAUAGAAGGAAUACUAUAGUUCAUCUCGCCAACGAACCGAUUAUAAUUACUACUAUAACUAUUAUUGCUAUUGCUAUUUAUUACUACUAUACCACUAUUAUUACUAUUAACCGGCUUCCAUAAGACCGAACUCGAAACGAACUCCUGAUCAUCUCGGCAAGCCUUGCCAAGCCACUCCGAUUUGCUUUGCAUUUCAGAAACUCCGACCGCAAGAGGCGUGAACGUCCGGCAUAUUCCAUAUCCCCAGUCGAUCACCCCGUAAAUCCCAUAGAAAACAGGGAAAGUGAGGAAGAUCAACAUCAAUAUCAGCCCUUCACUAUGACUUCCCACAUCGUAAACAAGGCGGCCCCCAACGCGCCCUACUUCACGCCCGCGCAGGAGCCACCGGCCGGUACAGCGGUCGACCCGGCUUCGGCUCCGACGCUCUUCCAGCCGCUCAAGAUCCGCGGUUUGGAAUUCCAGAACCGCUUCGCUGUCGCGCCGAUGUGCCAGUACAGUUCGCAGGAUGGACACAUGAGCGACUGGCAUUUCGCGCAUCUAUCACAGCUUAUCCUUCGUGGCGUACCCUUAACAUUUACCGAAGCGACAUCUGUUACUUUCAACGGGCGCAUCACACCCGAGGACCUGGGUCUAUGGAAAGACUCCCAAAUCACUGGUUUCAAGCGCGUGGCCGACUUCGCACACUCACAAGGCCAAAAAUUCGGUGUCCAACUCGCGCACGCAGGACGCAAAGCUACAACCGUAGCCCCCUGGCUCAAGCCCGCGGGUUGUCUGGGCUUAACUGCUGCCCCGGAGAAUGGUGGCUGGGGCGAUAAUGUGUGGGCGCCUAGCGCCAUUAAAUUCACAGACGGCUUCCCGGACCCGAAGGAAAUGACGCUAGAUGAUAUUAAGGCACUGGUGCAAGCAUUCGCUGAUGCUGCGAAGAGAGCUGUCACGGCUGGUGUGGAUGUGGUUGAGAUUCAUGCUGCGCAUGGAUACCUACUAUCGGAGUUCUUCUCCCCGCUUAGUAACAAGCGCACCGAUCAAUACGGUGGUAGUUUCGAGAACCGCACGCGUGUGCUCUUUGAGGUUAUCGCGGCGGUGCGUGCUGUGAUUCCCGAGUCUAUGCCCGUGUUCGUCCGUAUCUCGGCCACGGAGUGGAUGGAAUCGGCCGGUGAGCCGAGCUGGGAUAUCAAUGAGAGUAUCCGACUCGCGAAAUUGUUGCCCGCCGCGGGUGUCGAUUUACUGGAUGUGAGUUCCGGCGGUAAUAAUGCGGACCAGCAGAUCGACUUUCACCCUUACUACCAGAUCAACCUCGCGGGCGCCAUCCGCGAGGCGCUGAUUAAAGCGGGUGGUCCGAGAGUAUUGAUCGGUGCUGUAGGAUUGGUUACGACGGCUGAGACGGCACGAUCGAUUGUGCAGGAGGGUAAGCAACUUGCAACGGGAGCUGCAGUGAAUGAUGAUGUUACAACGGCUCCUGAGGAGUCGGGAACAGCCACACAUUGCGAUGUGGUGCUCGUGGCUAGGGAAUUCCUUCGAGACCCUAACUUCGUCCUACGCGCUGCGCACCAGCUGGGUGUUGAGGUUAAGUGGCCGAACCAGUACCAUCGUGCUGGAUGGCACAAGGGGCAGAAAAUCUAGACGAAGGGGAAUGGUGUGAUGUGAUAUUUAUACCCAUUAAAUCGAGCUAUACUCUACAGCUCUUCAUGAUAUUUUACGAAUAACAACGACUCAUAUAGACAGGAUAGAAAUAGAUUCAACAAAUCAGUAUCAUUCAUCACUAGUGGCAUAUCCCUCAUCCACCGCCGACCCGCAACCAACCGCCCGUUCCGCACAAUACUCCCAACUCCCUAGUUCAUGCAAUAUAUCAAUUUGAUCAUUUAGCCAUCGGUGGGUAUUCCUUGCCGUUCACCUCGACCUUUGGCUUGCAAGUGCACCAGUCCUCGGUAGGGACAUGGUCGAGCACAGAGGGAAUGUGGCUUCCGCAGCCUAGCCAUGAUGUUUGGCCUUUUCAGAUGUUAGUAUAAACACCGAACACAAGUUGAGACCUAUAUAAAAUGGGGAUAUCGAGGCUUAUCUAUGAUUUCGCACUCACCACAAGAGCUGCACUUAGCCUUCAUGCACAUAUUGAGAGAUUUUUGUUUUGCUAGGGAAACGGCGGGGUUUUGACGAGACAGAUCGUAUUUACGACUGCUAAUUUUGAGGUAAUCUUGAGGGCUUCGACGAAAAGAAAGUAGAAUCUCAAAUUUAGCUUAUCGUUGGAGAUGUUAUUUAAAUGGAUAAGAGUUGAUGUAGUUAUCGCCGAGUCAAUUUGUUAGUCCCCGACUAGCUGGGCCGAGGAAUCGGCGAAGUGGGAGAUGCCGUUAAAAACCGGCUAAGUC